GUCAGUGCCAGCAUACGAAUUUUCAACAGUGCAAGUCGACCAGCGAGUUCCCCUUCCUUGCGGAAUCGAAGCGCUUCUCUCCCUUCUCAGAAUCUCACGGUAGAGACACAAUUGGAGGUGUGGGGAUUGCUGGAUAAGACAGGGCGCGUUUCUUUUGUUGCCCAGGUUUCCUAAGCGGCCUGAAGGAAGUAUUGCUUGCGCAGACUGGAUACUUACGGUUGUGCGCUUCUGUACAUUUACAAUAGUGCAAAGCAGGGUUUCUGCAGGGGUCACUGACUUCUUCACUACCAGCACCUAGAGGUGUGCAAGAGCGCAUUCUUUAGAAAGCAGACAGAGUAUUGUAGCAAACAUGUCGCAUAAGCCAGAUGACGAGUAUGAUUUCCUCUUCAAAGUUGUUCUGAUUGGAGACUCAGGAGUCGGAAAGUCCAACCUGCUUUCGCGGUUCACGCGGAAUGAGUUUAACCUAGAGUCCAAGUCCACGAUUGGGGUUGAGUUUGCAACUCGAAGCAUCCAGGUGGACGGAAAGACAAUCAAGGCACAGAUCUGGGAUACUGCAGGUCAAGAGCGAUACAGAGCCAUUACCAGCGCGUACUACAGGGGGGCGGUUGGGGCAUUGCUGGUGUACGAUAUCACAAAGCAUGUUACUUACGAGAAUGUUGAGCGGUGGCUCAAGGAACUCAGGGACCAUGCUGACAGCAACAUUGUGAUCAUGCUGGUGGGGAACAAGAGUGACCUGCGGCACUUGCGCGGGGUGUCUACUGAGGACUCCCAAGCGUUUGCCGAGAAGGAGGGCCUCUUUUUCAUUGAGACAUCUGCGCUGGAGUCCACCAACGUUGAGCAGGCGUUCCAAAUAAUCCUGACAGAGAUCUACCGCAUUGUCAGCAAGAAGGCGUUUGACCCUGUAGAGGGCGGCAACACCGCAGGUCCCUCAAAGGGCACCACCAUCAACGUGGGCGACACCUCUGCUGAGGAUGGCAAGAAGAAGUCUUGCUGCUCGUAAGUUGUUGGACUCGCCAGCACAGAGAAAGAGGUUGGGUGACAUGGUCAUGUCGGAGCUCCUGGUAGCCGCAGCAGUGCAACAUGCACUCAGCGUGGCUGCUGGUUUUUGCUUGGACCAAGCUGGUUGUAGGUCGUGUAGAGAUAUGAGGGUACAUAUUAUGUCAAGCUUGUGAAUUAUGCAGCAAACCUUUGACUGAUCCAGUGCCAGCCGGGGAUUUUCGCCCUUUCAUUCCAUGCAAUGCUCCUCGAGCAUUCACGUGUGGCCGUAUUGUCGCUAAUCCAAAACUUAAAAGUCAUGGGCGC